ACCAACACCAUAGUCUCCCAUCCUUGUCACGUAUCUCAUUUCACCUGAAUACAAUGAAAGUGCGCAACGUUUAGUGGGUGGGGGCAUUGUGCGAGAAGGAAAGAAGGAUGGAGGGAGAGAAAUUGUCUGUCUUGCGAGCCGUCAUGGCUGAAUCAUCGUGAGAGAUUUUUGCAGGAACGCGAUAAUAAAUGACAUUGCGAUUGAAUUAGUAAGCACGGGAGUGUACAGUGUGUGGAACUACUUUUUAGUUAAAGGUUCUGAUCUCGAUGCGGAGACUCGACGAGGAAACGUGAUAAACAGUGUUUCGCGUGUGCGUGACUCCCCUGUGGAACGAUGAACGGGUUAAGUUUUAGUGAAUUGUGUUGCUUGUUUUGCUGUCCACCUUGCCCGUCCAGAAUCGCUGCAAAAUUAGCGUUUCUACCACCUGAACCUACAUAUACGUUUAUCGAGGACGAGGGUUCCAAGUUCGCGGUUUCUCUGUCCGAGAGGGCAGAGUGGCCAUACACAGAGAGAGAGAAAGAGUCGGUAGAAGGUUUCUAUGCGAGAACGUCACGAGGAAACCGAAUAGCCUGUGUGUUUGUACGGUGCUCGGCUACUGCACGUUUUACCAUUCUAUUUUCUCAUGGCAACGCGGCCGAUCUUGGACAGAUGUCUAGCUUUUAUUUGGGACUUGGCUCCAGGAUAAAUUGUAACAUAUUCAGCUAUGAUUAUUCGGGCUACGGAAUUUCCGGUGGCAAACCAUCAGAAAAAAACCUUUACGCGGAUAUAGAUGCUGCGUGGCAUGCUCUUAGGACACGAUACGGUAUCAGCCCGGAGAACAUUAUUCUAUACGGUCAAAGCAUUGGGACUGUACCCACGGUCGAUCUAGCCGCACGAUACGAAGUUGGCGCAGUUGUUCUGCAUGCACCUUUGAUGUCAGGAAUGCGAGUUGCUUUUCCUAAAACAAAAAGAACGUGGUUCUUUGAUGUCUUUGCCAGUAUAGAUAAAAUACCCAAAGUUACAUCUCCAGUUUUGGUCAUUCAUGGAACUGAAGACGAAGUAAUAAGUUUCAGUCAUGGCGAGGCUAUUUAUGAUAGGUGUCCAAGAGCUGUGGAACCAUUGUGGAUUCAGGGUGCUGGCCAUAAUAAUGUGGAUUUAUACGACCAGUAUUUGGAACGACUGAAGCAAUUUGUAAAUGUAGAGUUGGUAAACUGACGGCGACUAAGCCUCUCCCAGAGUCAGGGGGGGCAGGGAGGAGGACAUAUGCAUGUGGGUAGUCAGGGACGCAGUACUCCUAAUAAUUCGAAUACAUUCAGUUCCAUUUCAACUAGCACACAGACUGAAAAACUUGUCUAGCAAUCGCCUCCCACAGGGGAGAAGACACCUGUCCUCCUCUGUGAUGAAGAAUCAUCCUCUGAUGAUGAU